GACCAAGGCCCCCUGUGCGCAGGUGGCCAUGGGGCCCGGGCCGGCCCGCUAGCAGGCCGCCAUGUCCCGCGAGGGGGGCUCCUGCCGCCUGGGCGCCGGGGCGCGGGCACGGGCUCGGAAGCCCAAGAAGCCGCACUACAUCCCGCGGCCGUGGGGCAAGCCCUACAACUACAAGUGCUUCCAGUGCCCGUUCACCUGCCUAGAGAAGUCGCACCUGUACAACCACAUGAAGUACAGCCUCUGCAAGGACUCCCUCUCCCUGCUGCUCCACUCCCCGGACUGGGCCUGCCGCCGCGCCCCCACCGCGCCCCGGCCCCGCGCGCCCAGCCCGGACCGCCCCCUGGGCCCCACAGACCCUGGCAGCCAGCCCCGAGGACCACAGCUGCCCAUCGCUCCCGCCAUGCCCGACCUGGCCUCCCGUGUCCUGUCCCCGCGCCGCCACGUCGGGGGCCCAAAGCUGGGGGCUGAUGGGUACCCCGGUGUGCCAUCCCCCCUGGCCCGGGAGGCUGCCCAGAAGGAUGUGGGCCUUGGGGGGCUCCUGGCCGAGGCAUGGAAGCCAGGGCCGGGCGGGGGCCGGAGGCGCAUAGCUGUGGUGGACGCGGCUGCAGCGGGCCCUGAGAGCGGGGGGGUCCCCUGCUACCCCCCGCCCACCCCCAGCGAGCUCCCUGAGGCCCAGAGCCUCCAUCUGUCCCUGCUAGGUGUCGACUGCCCUCUGGGCCCUGGUCUCUUCUCCUACCUGGGGCCCUCCCUGGCUGCCACAGCCCACAUGCCCUUUCUGGCCUCGGCCAGCCCCCUGUUGCCCCCGGUCUCUGCUUUCCCAUCCCCACAGACCCCUGAACGCCCUGCCCUGGUCCCCCGCUUGUACUAUCCCCUGCUCCUGGAGCAUACGCUGGGGCUGCCGGCAGGCAAGGCUGUCCCUGCCAAGCCCCUAGCCCCCCCAAAAGGGCCCCCUGGGACUCCGGCCCCAGGGCCGCUGAAGGUGCCAGUACCCGGGCUGGGCAGGCCCUGGCCCCGUGGAGCCCCCAGGGACUCAGGGCAGGAGGGGGAGCUGGAGCAGGCUGCCCAGAGUGACCCCAAGAGGAAGCUGCCCCUGGGAAGCAGGUUGGAGCCCCUGAAGGCACCCUCCAGCACGGUGAAGUUCAGUGCCCAGAGCAGCCUUCGGACUGGCCCCUCCGUGAUGCUCUGGCCUGAGGACAAGGAGCCAGGCAACCCCGAGACCCCGGGCCCUUCAGCCCCCCUGCCCCAGCAGCCCCUGGGCCUGAUGCCAGGUGGCCCCGGGCACGUGGGUGAGGACCUGACUCAGGCCCUUGGCGACUACGCCAAGGUAGAGCAGCGCCUAGGGCAGUUGGUGCCUGCCGGGGGUCUGGCCCCUCGGCCUCUGCGGGAGCAGCUUGGCAAGAUCCGCCAGGAGCUGUUCACCAUCCACCAGACGCUAGAGUGGGCUGUUCGGCCACCGGAUGCACCCCUCGACCUCUCUGUGAAGCGGGCGCCCACCAAGGGGCCCAAGGGGCCGGUGGGGGCCUGGGGGCAGCUGGAGCUGGGCCCCACGCUGGCCGGGGGGACCCCGGAGCCACCUAGCAUGCUGGGCCCCACAACAGCUGAGCCUUUCUCUAGCCACACCACCAAAUGCGAGGCUGACUCCAGUGUCCCACUCCCGGGCCUGCCCCUUCAGGCCCCAGAGGACCCUGUCAUUCCUGGCAGCAGCUGGGGUGCCCGUGGCGGGUCGAGGGGGUCCUGGCCCCCUGAGGCUGUCCCUAGCCUCCAGAGCCCCCCGGGCGCCAAGGUCUGACCACAGCAUCUGCUGCCUCCUCUGUUCUUAACAGACAGGGCCCUUCAAC